GCGCGAGACAGAGUGAACCGGUUUGGAUAAUAUAAAGACGCGCAGCCCGCGCACAGAUAGUUUAGUUAGUUUUUGUCUCCACGUUAUAUUUGCUGGACAUACGCGUGCAAAAUCUGAGCUGCUAUUUGUUUCAUUUGGGCGCAGCGACGCCUCCUCGCUGUCACGCGGGGGUUCAUAUGUGCGCACUAGAGAUGACCGAUGGGACACAAUCAGAGGGUCACCCGGCGCGAGGAGACGCCGUAAAGAGGAGCAACUGCGUUUGCAACAACGAGUCGUUUUGAGAAAGAGGAAGAGCGGAUUUUAAUCAGUACUUUGGGAAAAGUUGAGUUUUAGUCACAGGGGAACAAGACGAAACGUUUAUCGUGUUUUAACAGGGGCCACCGCGCUGAGCUUUUACGCAUGACGGGAGUCGCGUCUUUUGGGCAUUUACAUUGUAUGCGGUUUGCUGACGCUUUAUUCAAAGUGACUUACAUAGCAUUCAGUACUUGAUAUACAUUUUAGUAGUAUGAGAAUCAAAUCCAUGAUUCUUGCGAUGUAAACGCAGUGCGCUACCAAUUGAUCUAUACAGGAACACCAAGAGAGACUGAAAUAAAGCUUUUGCACCUGCUUCCUUGGACCUUGCACACUUAAACAAGACUGAAGAUUGCAAAACGGGAAGGAUUAAUUGUUCAACUGAAUUUUCAAAUAAUAAGGAUAUAUGAAACUCAACCACUGAAUGAAAAUGAAGGAGCGCUUCAAACGCGCACAUAAAUCACAAUGACGCGCAUUUAUUCUUGGUUGUAAGUUCUGAUCAUCCUUGAGGGUGCUCUUGUUUUUAAAGCUGAGGUCUCUCACCCCGGAGCCGAGCAUCCGGACAGCUGCGCUGUUUCAAGCUUUCUGCAGAAGAACACUGGAGCGAUGAGUCGCAUCAUUCAUCCGCAGGUGUUGACCAUCUGGAUUGCGCUCAUCUCCAGUGCGACUGCAGACCUGACCUGCGACGCUCUCCUCCUUCUUUCCACAAAUCUUACAGCUCGCACUUUAAUCCUGUGGAAUCUGACAUCCACUCCCAUCAACUCCACAGGUCUGUUCUGUAACACAUCCAUUGAUGGCAUUGGGACGUGUUGGCCCAGGAGCGGUGCUGGAGAAGUGGUGUCCCGUCCCUGUCCGGAGACCUUUCUUGGGGUCCGAUACAAUACCACUAAUAAUGUGUACAGAGAAUGUCUUGCCAAUGGGACCUGGGCAAAGAAAGGAAACUAUUCACAAUGUCAAGAAAUACUCAACGAGGAGAAAAAGAGUAAGCUGCAUUACCACAUUGCGGUCAUCAUAAACUACUUGGGACACUGUAUAUCACUGGGAGCCCUGCUGGUCGCCUUCAUCCUCUUCAUGAGACUCAGGAGUAUCCGGUGCCUGAGAAAUAUCAUCCACUGGAACCUGAUUACGGCGUUUAUUCUGCGGAAUGCUACCUGGUUUGUUGUUCAGCUCACCAUGAAUCCAGAGGUGCACGAGAGCAAUGUGAUCUGGUGCAGGCUGGUAACAGCAGCGUAUAAUUAUUUUCAUGUGACCAACUUCUUCUGGAUGUUUGGAGAAGGCUGCUAUCUCCACACAGCCAUCGUACUGACCUACUCCACUGACAAACUGAGGAAGUGGAUGUUUAUCUGCAUAGGCUGGUGUAUUCCAUUUCCAAUUAUCGUUGCAUGGGCCAUUGGAAAACUUUACUAUGACAAUGAAAAAUGCUGGUUUGGAAAGCGGGCAGGAAUUUACACUGACUAUAUUUACCAGGGUCCUAUGAUUCUGGUUCUUCUGAUUAACUUCAUAUUUCUAUUUAACAUUGUGAGGAUCCUUAUGACUAAAUUGAGGGCCUCCACAACUUCAGAGACCAUUCAGUACAGGAAAGCUGUGAAGGCCACAUUGGUUCUUCUGCCUCUGUUGGGCAUCACCUACAUGCUGUUCUUCGUCAACCCUGGUGAGGAUGAAAUCUCUCAGAUCGUCUUCAUCUACUUCAACUCCUUCCUAGAGUCCUUUCAGGGCUUCUUUGUGUCUGUGUUUUACUGCUUUUUAAACAGUGAGGUGAGGUCAGCCGUGCGUAAGCGAUGGCAUCGCUGGCAGGACAAGCACUCCAUUCGGGCACGGGUGGCUCGGGCCAUGUCUAUUCCUACAUCUCCCACGCGGGUCAGCUUUCACAGCAUCAAACAGUCGUCUGCUGUCUGACCUCGGCAGAAAUGAUGCGUCUGCCCUCUGUUCUCCUGCACUCGCUCUGACCGUCUACAUCCUCACACAACCCAGGGAUAAUAGCUAUGGGCCAAACAGGGUAUAAUCCUCCUGUGAAACACUUAUGGGCAGUGACCGUGUACACAGAAAGCGAAGUCCACCCGCCGAGAACUUAAUGAGAUACGGUUGGUCUUAUUUAAUGAAUGUGGCACAAGAGAUCAACACUUAUAGCCAGGAUUAUUUUGUUAAAUAUAUAUUUCAUAUUCUGUCCUCUUCUCCAAUUGGAGACCUCAGAGUUAUUCCUAACUGGUGUCCAGAACUAUGAUAACAUGGA